GACAUAUACCAUAUUCUUGUAGGAACCAACUUUUACAGUAUAAUCAAUCUCAAAUCCACAAUGUCUGCUCAAAUCUUGGAUGCCACCAAAGCCACUUCCUACUUGAAAGAGUACCCAAAGAAGGACGGUUUGACCAUCAAGCAAUUGAUUGACUCAGCCAACUUCGGUGGUUUGACCUACAACGAUUUCUUGAUCUUGCCAGGUUUGAUCAACUUCCCAUCUUCUGCUGUCUCCUUGGAAACUAAGUUGACUAAGAAGAUUUCCAUCAAGUCUCCAUUUGUGUCUUCUCCUAUGGACACUGUCACUGAAGAAAGCAUGGCCAUCCACAUGGCCCUUUUGGGUGGUAUUGGUAUUAUCCACCACAACUGUACACCUGAGGAACAGGCUGAGAUGGUCAGAAAGGUCAAGAAAUACGAAAACGGUUUCAUUAACGAUCCUGUCGUUAUUAAGCCAGACGUCACUGUUGGUGAAGUCAGAGCCAUGAAGGAACGUUUGGGUUUCACUUCCUUCCCAGUUACUGAAAACGGUAAAGUUGGUGGAAAAUUGCUCGGUAUUGUCACUUCUCGUGAUGUUCAAUUCCACGAAGACAGUUCGAGUCCAGUUUCUGAAGUUAUGACCAAAGACUUGACUGUUGGUAAGCAAGGCAUUGAAUUGGUUGAAGGUAACGAAUUGUUGAGAGCCUCUAAGAAGGGUAAGUUGCCAAUUGUUGACUCCGAUGGCAACUUGGUUUCUUUGAUUUCCAGAACCGAUUUGCAAAAGAACCAAAACUAUCCAGAUGCUUCUAAGUCCUUCCACUCUAAGCAGUUGUUGUGUGGUGCUGCUAUCGGUACCAUUGAAGCUGACAGAGAAAGAUUGGACAAGUUGGUUGAAGCUGGCUUGGAUGUUGUCGUCUUGGACUCUUCUAAUGGUACCUCUGUUUUCCAAAUUGACAUGCUCAAGUGGAUCAAGAACAAGUACCCAGACUUGCAAGUCAUUGCCGGUAACGUUGUCACCAGAGAACAAGCUGCCAUCUUAAUUGAGGCUGGUGCCGAUGCCUUAAGAAUUGGUAUGGGUUCUGGUUCUAUCUGUAUCACCCAAGAAGUCAUGGCAUGUGGUAGACCACAAGGUACUGCUGUUUACAACGUCACCGAGUUUGCAAACAAGUUCGGUGUUCCAUGUAUUGCUGACGGUGGUAUUGGUAAUAUUGGUCACAUCACCAAGGCUUUGGCUUUAGGUGCUUCCACUGUCAUGAUGGGUGGUUUGUUGGCUGGUACUGCCGAGACUCCAGGUGACUACUACUACAGAGAUGGUAAGAGAUUGAAGACUUACAGAGGUAUGGGUUCUAUUGAUGCUAUGCAACAGACCAACACCAACGCCAAUGCUUCUACCUCGAGAUACUUCUCUGAAUCCGACAAGGUCUUGGUUGCUCAGGGUGUUUCUGGUGCUGUUGUCGACAAGGGUUCUGUGACCAAGUUUGUUCCAUACUUGUUCAACGGUUUGCAACACUCUUUGCAAGACAUUGGUGUCCAAUCCUUGGGUGAAAUGAGAACCAAGGUCGACAACUACGAAAUCGCAUUUGAGUUCAGAACUGCUUCUGCUCAAUUCGAAGGUGGUGUCCACGGCUUGCACUCCUAUGAAAAGAGAUUACACAACUAAGUUAUGUAGGCUUAUUAGGUAGUUUUCUCUUUUAUUUUGUCAUAUGUGCUAUAGAAAAAUUAGUACCCAUUGUACUUUAGUUAAUAAUCAGAUGAUUUCAUGUUAUAG